AUGGACGUCUCUCCCCAUCUUGACGCACGCGCCCCUCCCGCCCAGCAGCCCCCGCCCCCCGCCACGACCUCAGGCGCCGACGCCGCGUCCCCCACUCUCCACCAGCAGCACCCCUCUCCGACCCCUGGUGGGCCAGCAUCCAACUCCCAGCUCGCUGCGCUUCUAUCAGAGUCAUAUCGCGAGACCGAUGCCCUCCGUCGUGAGCUUACUGCGGCGCGAAAACGCGCAGAGAAGGCAGAGCGGAUCGCGCAGGCGCUCGACCCAUCUGCCUCAGCAGCAGCAACCACAUCCAGCCCUCCAUCUGGCGGCGCCAACGCGAGCAACACCACCACCAACGGCCCCGGGCCGACCUCCACAUCCACACCAGCUAACCCCGAAGGCUCUAGCACGACCACAUCCCCGAGCCCCGAGAUCCAGAAACUCAAGCAACAGCACGCAGAGGCGAUCAAACACCUUGUUGACGAGUACGAGGAGCGUCUUGCUGCCUUUGAGGAGAACGAGACGCGGCGCAGGAUGGCACAAGAGGGCUGGGAACAGCUCGAGCGCUACCUUGGCAUGCUCGAGCUCCGCGCACGCGAUGCUCGGGGGGCUUACUCGCGGAUUGUCGACGCGGCCCCCGGGGCUGCCGGGAGCCCAUCCCCGACACUCGCCAGCGCACUCGUGCCCGUAGCUCACCCCUCGGGCCUCCUCGCGUCGAGCCACGGGCACUCGUCUUCCCAUUCUUUGGGGGGGCACUCCUAUAACAUGGCACCACCGCAUACAUCUUCUUCAUCCAGACACACGCGCCACCACUCCCACUCGACUCGAGGGUCCGGCUCCUCAGUCGUCUUUCCCUUGCCUCCCCACCCAAACCCACACGGCUCAAGCACUCACAACUCGACGACUAACGCACUAGCAACGGGCUCGCGCCGGCAGCGGACCCCCAGCAUGGACUCUUACGGAGGGGGAGGUGUACUUCAACCACCCAGCAAGCGCCUACGAGGAGACGAUGAGAGGGAAAGAAGUACCAGGGGACGCGAGGGCAGAGCAUAUACUGAGUCUUACAUCCCCCACCACCCCGACUACCGCGCCGGACCCCUCCUCCGACCUUCUGAUCCAGCAACCCAGAGCCAGCCGCGGAUAAUCGACCGCAAAUAUGGGUCUUCGCCCGCACACAACUACCCCACGCACCCGCACGCCCAGGGGCAGCAGCACCACUCCGGACAUCACCGCCGCCGGUCCUCGCGAUCCCACUCGCGGAGCGGGAGCCACUCGAGCGCCAGCUCGCUCGACGUCGACGAGAUGCUCCUCCGCGCGACCGCCGGGGAUGAGGGCAGCCCCGUCCAGGGCCACCCGCACCCGGGGAUGGUGCAGGCGCCGAACGGGCGGUACUACGACCACAUGCAACCCCAACAACCCCAACCCCAACAGCAACAGCAAGGGCAGGCCCAAACGGUAGGCCAGCCCUCGCGCAGGAGGUCGGAGCGUGAGGAGGUGCAAGGGCACCCGAACCACAUCGUCCAGCCGUACCCGCAGCACGCGUACCCAGCGAACCAGAGUGCGCCCCCGGGGCAUUUGGCGUCUGCGCCGGGGGUGGCGAUCGCCCCUGCGCCUCCGGCUCCGCCUGGUGUGCUGCCCCCUGGGACGGCGGCGGCGCAAGCGGCGGCGGCAAGGACGGGCAGCCAUGUGUAUACGACGCAUGUGUUCGCGCCGGUCGUGACGGGUGCGCCGACGAAGAAGAGCAAGUUCCCGAAUACUGCGAUGGCGUCAGCUGCGAACGUCGACCCGUCCAAUCCUGGAGCGGCGGGUAAUGGAACCACAGCCUCCGUUCCCUUUGCGGCGACUAACGCGCAAGGCCAACGGAUAUGCCGACAGUGCGGUAUGGUGGGGCGCUACAAGGACGGCAAGUGCGUAGAGAAGUGGGGACCAGGACCUAUGGGUCCGGGGACAGUGUGUGAUAGAUGUCGCAAGAAAAUGAAACGCGUCGAGCGUCGGGGCACCCUCGAGUCGCAACAACAACUGCAGAACCUCGCGAUCCAACAACAACAGCAGUAUCAGCCACGAACUACCUCACAUGCCCAACUACCCCUCUCCCAGGGAUCGGACCGGUCGAUCCAACGCACUGACACCAUGCUCACCAACCAAGCUUCCCAUGGACCCGGCAGCUUUGCCCAAACCCCCCAUUCUCACGGUCAGUCCCACUCGACUCUCAGAACAUCUUCGACGCAUCCAUCGGUGGCUGGCUCUCCGAGCAAGAACCACGGCAGACAGGCACCGACUCCACCUGCGAUCGCCUCCCUCCGCGAGCAGAACGAGGAAGAGGAGGAGGGGGAAGGGGAAGCUGAAGAUGACCCUGAUCAGCUCCCAACCUCGAACGUAGGGCGAGGCGGAGGUCGGGCUACCACACGCAAUGGGCGGACACGGGCGGCAGGGCGAUCAACACCUCUCGAGACUGCAAACGGCUCAUCCACCAAGCGCUCGCCGCGCGGUGCCGGCGGUACAGGUCGGGCAUCGAUACCGCCUCGCAUGGAGAUGGACGUCGAUGAGAUGGACGCUGAUGCUGACGCUGACGCCGAGGCAGAUGCAGAGGCUGAGAUCCUUGGUGCUGUCGCCGCCGCCCUGAACGACGAUGGUGAGGGCGACGGAGAGGGUGACAUGGAGGCGGAUGGUGACGCAGACGCUGAACUCCUCGAAGCGGUUGACGCCGCAGAAGCCAACAGUAGCUCGUCGCAUGGCGGCUAG